AUGGAUAACCACUCGAAACUAGCUGACCAUAGCAGUCCUCUGCCAUUCCCCCAGAGGAAUAAGAUACAUGCACCUCAGUCCUGUGACGCACUCGUUUCCAUGUUGACGAUUGGAGGAGAUGGCGAUGAUUCCAUUUUCGAAUCUCCUCGAAUAAAUACGCCCACGAGGACGACUCCAACCAGAAACACCCGUAACAAGACAACGAAUAGCGCAAGCGGUUUUGCGAGGCUUUUAUUAGAAUUGGACUUGCCAGAGAAUGGUGGAACCAGCAAGAAUAAGAAAAGACACACGAAACGAACUAAUGCUCUUGGAGACGAGCGUGAAAAACGAAAUUCGUCUAUGCAGUUGCUCAAACCACAACGGAAAGAUUCAGUGGAAGACUAUUCUCACAUCGAAUCUGCCUUGAACGCUGUCUUCGAUCACAUAGAGGCACCUGAGUGCGACGAGUACCAUUCGGAUUAUGUAGAGUAUGAAGAGAGUUUGCGCGGGGGCUACGAUGACCUUCCAGAAGACAGUUCGAUCACAGAUGCGGAUGAAGGUUCCGCUUAUUCCGUGCCAUCUGUGGGUGCCAAAUGGUCCUCUCCUUCGAUGACAGAGACCCUACAGAAGCCAACGCGAAAGUCAAGCAUUGGUCCGCAUUCUCCGCAUCGAUCUGCACAUUCCCCUCGUCGAUCCGCACAUUCCAGAUCGACUCACUCGUCGACUCGUAGGAAGAAAUCAUGA